CAAGAGAGAGAAAAAUAGAGAAUUGUUCCUCCCAAAGAUUUUUAACUUUGAGAAGCUCUCUGAGAAACCAAAGCUUCACUCUGAUUCGCAGAGCGAAUCAAAAGAGACGAUAGAGAGAAAGAAGAAGAAAGAAAGAAAACGCGAAGAACAGAAACUGCUCUUUUUCAAAGCUUUUAUAUAAUUUAUAAUUAUUAUAAUUCUCCUAUCUUCUUCUUCUAUCCCAAAUCUCCAGAUGGAUUCAUGAACCAGAUCGGGGGAUCGAAGAAGAUGAUUUGAGUUUCCGGGUUUGGUUUUUUCUUGUCUUCCCCUCUCUUUUUGUGUGAAAUUGGUUGGAAUCUGGAGAUCUGGAUCUUGUAAAGGUGGAAACUUUACGUGUGUUUGGGGGUGUGUGUGUUGAUUUGUUCUUGCUGAACUGAUUUUUGAAUUAGGUGAUUUGGAUUCAAUUCUUCUACAAUCUGAAUCCAUCACGAAUGGUUUUGGAUUCGAAAUUUGAAGACUUGUUGAUUCGGGUUCCGGGAUUGAUCUGAUUUCAUAUCAUCAUCUAAAGAGCCAAAAUUGUUGGAAGAGAUAUGUUGGAAGAUCGAUCACCAGAUUCGUGUUUGAGUUCAAGGGUUUUCUCAAGCUCUCGUCUUUCUGAAUCCAAGUGGUCUAAGUCUUACAUGUAUCCAGAUGAUGAUGAUGUCGUCUCUGAGACUAAGCUCGUUAAUGGUAAACGAGCUUUGGAGGAGGUUGUUGGUGAGAUUAGACACACCAAAUCACUUAAGUUAAUGGGUUUCUCGAUUAAGUACGAUAGCGAUUCUUCUGACUAUUCGUUGAGUGGGGAAGAGCAAGCAGAUGCUGUGAAUGGUGACGGCUCAUCAUCGAGGCAGGAGCAAGAGCAAUCUGAUUCUAAUGAAAACGGUGGUGAUUCAUCUGAUUCGCAUUCUCUUAUCAAUGAGAUUGGUCGGGACAACUCCAUAGACUGUUUGAUCCGCUGCUCCAGGUCUGAUUACGGUUCAAUUGCUUCUGUGAACCGGAACUUCCGUUCUUUGGUGAAGACUGGAGAGAUUUAUGGAUUAAGGAGACAGAACGGGUUUGUUGAGCAUUGGGUUUACUUCUCAUGCCAGCUCUUGGAAUGGGUUGCGUUCGAUCCUGUCGAGAGAAAGUGGAUGCAGUUGCCAACAAUGCCUUCCAGUGUUACCUUCAUGUGUACCGAUAAGGAGUCUCUGGCCGUUGGGACAGACCUGCUUGUCUUAGGAAAAGAUGAUUUUUCUUCUCAUGUAAUAUACAGAUACAGCCUUCUGACUAAUUCUUGGUCUUCUGGUAUGAAGAUGAACUCUCCUAGGUGUUUGUUUGGAUCCGCGAGCCUUGGAGAGAUUGCUAUAUUCGCUGGUGGUUGUGACUCCCAGGGAAAGAUUCUUGAUUUUGCCGAGUUGUAUAAUUCUGAGCUUCAGACCUGGGUAACUCUUCCGAGGAUGUACAAACCGAGGAAGAUGUGUUCGGGAGUUUUCAUGGACGGGAAGUUCUAUGUGAUUGGAGGAAUCGGUGGUGCUGAUUCGAAAGUCUUGACCUGCGGUGAAGAAUAUGAUCUGGAGACCAAGAAAUGGACUCAAGUCCCUGACUUGUCGCCUCCAAGAAGCCGUGCUGAUCAAGCUGAUAUGUCACCAGCGGCAGAAGCACCUCCUCUUGUUGCUGUUGUAAAUGACCAAUUGUAUGCUGCUGAUCAUGCUGAUAUGGAAGUGAGGAAGUAUGAUAAGGAGACUAAGAAAUGGUUCACUAUUGGAAGAUUGCCUGAAAGAGCUGGCUCGGUUAACGGAUGGGGACUUGCUUUCAGAGCUUGUGGAGAGCGGUUGAUCGUUAUAGGUGGACCGAAGUACUCGGGAGGUGGGUUCAUAGAGCUGAAUUCUUGGAUACCGAGUGAAGGCGGUCCACCACAUUGGACAUUGCUUGACAGGAAACAUUCUCCCAACUUCGUGUACAAUUGCGCGGUGAUGGGUUGCUGAAACAACUCACAAAUUAUAAUACUGUCCAUUUGAAUACCCUCCAGAUUCUUGUUGAUGGGUUAGCUCACAAGUCAGUCAAAAGAAAGACUCCAUUGUUGAAGGUCCCCAAGCUCCAACCUUUAUGCUUCUUCUUCUUCCUUAUUUUCUUUCCUUACAAAUUUUUCGAUUUGAAUACAAUCAUCCCUGUAUUGUUUAGAGACCAGAAAAAGUGGAUUCCAAAAAAGAAAAAGAAAAAGAAAACUGAAACAGGUUACAAUAAGUUCGUUAAAAGUUGAAAGCUUUUUUAGAGUUUGCCAGAUCUGGUUAACAAUGUUGUAUGUGAUUUUAAUCAAAUAUGUUUUUUUUUCUUUCUUUCUAAUAAUCUAGCCAUCUUUUGGUCC